UGAACGCUCCACACACCACGCCGUGCAUAUGUGCGAGGCCGAGAUUACAGACUCUACGCUGUACUCGAGAGACCAGUCGUCCGGCCAGCGUGUGAACUUUGUCUCCACGUAGCUAAAACACCCCCUGAAGAUAGCUGUCAUGUCGUCGUUCGCCCCAGCAUCCUCCUCGUCCGACGAUGGACCGAGCUGUGCCAGCUUCGACGCUGAAGAUGCUACAUUUUUCGCAGGAAUCGACAAGAUACCGUUCCGCCCUAGCGGAGGUCCGAAUGACACGAUGGCCUUCAGACACUACGACCCGAAACAGAUAGUGAUGGGACGUACCAUGGAGGAAUGGCUGCGAUUCUCCGUCUGUUUCUGGCACACAUUCCGUGGCACAGGUGCUGACCCCUUUGGCUUCCCCACCUUGAUCCGCCCCUGGGAUGAUGGAUCAGACACUAUGGCCAACGCCAAGCGUCGUUUGCGGGCAGCUUUCGAGUUCUUUGUGAAACUUGGCGUCAAGUACUGGACAUUCCACGACAGAGAUAUCGCACCAGAGGGCAACACAUUGGCCGAGACCAACAGGAACCUAGAUGAGAUCACAGACCUUGCUUUAGAGUUGCAGAAGAAAACUGGGGUGAAAUGCCUGUGGGCAACAAGUAACCUGUUCGCCAGUCCUAAGUACAUGAAUGGAGCAGCCAGCAACCCUGACUCUCAUGUGGUGGCGUUCGCCGCGACCCAAGUUAAGAAAUGCAUGGACAUCGCAGUGAAACUUGGAGCAGAAAACUUUGUGUUCUGGGGCGGCCGAGAGGGUUACCACACCAUCCUCAACACAGACGUCCUUACGGAACUCACAAACAUGGCCAACUUCUUCAAAAUGGCUGCCGCCUACAAGAAGAAAUUAGGAUUCACAGGAAAUCUGCUGAUCGAACCUAAACCCAAGGAACCGGCAAAGCACCAGUAUGACUACGACGCCAUGACGGUGAUUGGGUUCCUCAAGCAUUUUGGAUUGGACAAAGAAUACAAGCUGAACAUUGAACCAAACCACACGACUCUGGCCGGUCAUGGUUAUGAGCACGACAUCAUCAUGGCGUCAGCGUUUGGGAUGUUAGGAUCAGUCGAUUCCAACACCGGAUCACCAGACCUGGGAUGGGAUACUGACCAGUUCCCCAUGGACACCAAAAACGCCACGCUCGUCCUCAAGGCAAUUCUGGAACAAGGUGGUCUAAAGCCUGGUGGCCUCAACUUCGACUGUAAAGUACGCCGGGAAUCCACGGACCUCCGAGACAUGUUCAUCUCCCACAUCGGUGCUAUGGAUACGUUUUCGCGCGGACUGAAGAACGCUGCCGCUAUUCUAGAGGAUGGCGUCAUCCCCGGACAGGUCAAGGAGCGAUACAGCAGCUUCCAGACUGGAAUAGGCGAGAAGAUCAACAAAGGACAGACUUCCUUCGAGGAACUAGAGGAGUACGUCACAAAGAACGGUGCACCAAGUAAUCCGUCCGGCCGACAGGAGCAUUACGAAUCAAUGAUGAACCAUUACGUCUGAACAGUGGAAACAACUCAGAGCGGCUAACGGACUAAGUAACGGACUAAGUAACUAUCCAUCAUAUAAUGGAUAAACAUAUAAAUAACGGAAUGUAGAACCAAACAACGGACGUGGGACCAAACAUGUUGAUUUUGUUGUUUAUAUCAAAGUGACUAUGUACCACAGUCGGCCUCUAUCAGACGUGUACUAGAGCUAUACGAGGUUGACUGUUCAUCAAUCUUUUUUGACACGGUCUACUUGAUUUGGCUAUCUACAUGGGAUAGUUUUACUAGUAAAGAGUCAAUUUAAAAAUAA